GAGACGCCCCCUCGGUCCCUGCUCUGCACCAUCGAGUUGGAAGGGAAGGCGACCGUGUUGGAUUUGGAACAAAAUGAGCACCUCCUCCCUGGCAGACACCAGCUGAUGUACUACCAACCCAACGGGACACUGGUGACGGAAAAGAACAGCGUUCCGCCAAACUGCUAUUACCACGGCUCUGUGCGCGGUGUCGCCGGGUCCCGGGUCAGUGUGAGUCUGUGUUCUGGUCUGAGGGGUUUGAUCACGUUGGCUAGGAACCAAAGUUACAGCAUCGAGCCCCGCCCGGGAAAUGCGAAUGGCGUGCACCUCAUCCACAGGAUGGAGGCCGUUCACCUCAACAGGAAGCGCUGCGCUGUCAGUCACCAGGCUCCGGAACAUUCCGCCCAUCAACAAGACCAGCCAGCUCUUCACAGGACGAAGAGGGACAUACUGACGGAGCAGAAAUACAUCGAGCUCGUGCUAGUCGCAGACAAUAAGGAGUUCCGGGACUCUGGGUAUAAUCUGAUGACCCUACAGAUGCGCCUGCUGGAGAUCGCCAACCAGGUCGACGCGUUUUACAGACCCCUCAAUAUCCGGGUGGCGCUGGUGGGCGUGGAGGUGUGGACUGACAGGGACCCCUUCGAAAUCGUCAAGACCCCCGGGGAGACCCUCAACAGGUUUCUGAAAUGGCGGGAGACGGACCUUCUACCCAGAAUCCAACACGACAACGCACAGCUGCUCAUAGGUGGGUCGUUCACUGGUGGCACAGUUGGCAUGGCUUCCCAGAGUUCCAUGUGCUCCAAGGAUCGGUCAGGAGGGGUCAACGUGGACCACUCGGUCAGCGUCCUGGCAGUGGCCUCGACUAUUGCUCACGAACUGGGGCACAACCUGGGCAUCAGCCACGACACUGACGAUCGGAAAUGCCACUGUCUCAAUCCCAAACGCCAAGGGGGCUGUAUCAUGGAGGCGUCAACUGGAUUCCUGCCAGGCCAGGCAUUCAGUAGCUGUAGUCAGGACGAUCUGGAGCGGAGCCUGACACAGGGAGGGGGCAUGUGCCUCUACAACUUCCCCAACGCAAGCCGCCUCUUCGGGGGGCAACGCUGCGGCAACCUCUACGUGGAGGGGGACGAGGAGUGUGACUGCGGCCUACUCGAGGAGUGUGAUGACCCCUGCUGUAAUGCCACCUCCUGUAAACUGGUGCCCGGGGCCCAGUGUUCCUCAGACGGUGCCUGCUGCUCCAAUUGCAAGCUGAAACACGCAGCAACCGUCUGCCGCCCCCCGCUCGGGGACUGUGACCUGCCUGAGUACUGCACCGGUGUCUCACCGUACUGUCCCCCCAACGUCUUCCUGAAGAAUGGCCAGAGCUGUGACAGUGGCCGGGCCUACUGCUACAACGGAGCCUGCCUCACCUUCGCCAUGCAGUGCCAGGUGCUCUGGGGGCCGGGUUCGGUGCAGGCCCACGAUAUCUGCUUCACCACAGUCAACCAGAAAGGCAACAAAUAUGGCAACUGCGGGCAAUUCCCCGAUGGCACGUUCGCCCGCUGCGCCUCCGGGGACGCCAAGUGCGGCAAAAUCCAGUGCCAAGGAGGGAAUGACAGGCCGGUCCUGGGCUCCAACGCGGAGAUCCUGGUGACCAACAUCCGGCUGGGAACGCAGGAAUACAGCUGCCGGGGAACGUUCUUCAACUUCGGAGAGGACAUCGCCGACCCGGCCAUGGUGAUGCCAGGCACGGUCUGUGGGCACCGCAAGGCUUGCGUCAACAGGACGUGCCAGGAUAUCUCCAUCUUCCGGGUUGAGGAUUGCGGACGGCGUUGUAACAAUCACGGGGUACGUCUGGCGCCGGCGGGCAGUGCCGGGAGUCCCAAUGGAUCGAACCCCUUCCCGUUCACUCCCAUUGGGCAGAGUCCCAAUGGAUCGAACCCCUUCCCGUUCACUCCCAUUGGGCAGAGUCCCAAUGGAUCAAACCUCUUCCCAUUCGCUCCCAUUGGACAGAAUCCCAAUGGAUCCAACUCCUUCCCCUGCACUCCCAAUGGGCAGUGUCCCA